CUUCCCCCCCCACAUAUGCAUGUAUGAAAAAGCCGAAAAAAGUUGCUACUGCCGACUGGGCGUCCGACUCAGGGGAAAAAAGGGGACCAAGCUGGCGGGCGCAGAGGGAGAAGGGUCGGCGGCGUCCCCAACGCAGCGCUUCCUGAAAAUACUUGUUCUUAUGCAUAAAGAUGUCUUUGGUGGACCUGGGGAAGAGGUUGCUAGAAGCAGCAAGAAAAGGACAAGAUGAUGAAGUGAGGACUUUGAUGGCCAAUGGUGCCCCUUUUACCACAGAUUGGCUUGGAACAUCACCUCUCCACCUGGCAGCCCAGUAUGGUCAUUAUUCCACAGCGGAAGUGCUUCUGAGAGCAGGGGUUAGCAGAGAUGCCAGAACUAAGGUGGACAGAACUCCGUUGCAUAUGGCCGCAGCCGAUGGACAUGCACAUAUCGUGGAUCUGCUUGUCCGGAAUGGUGCAGAUGUGAAUGCCAAGGACAUGCUGAAAAUGACUGCUUUGCAUUGGGCCACAGAGCACCAUCAUCGUGACGUGGUGGAGCUGCUGAUCAAGUAUGGAGCUGAUGUCCAUGCCUUCAGCAAGUUUGAUAAAUCUGCCUUUGACAUAGCUCUGGAGAAGAACAACCCAGAGAUUCUGGUCAUUCUCCAGGAGGCGAUGCAGAACCAGGUGAAUGCCAAUCCCGAGAGAGCCAACCCAGCGACCAGCACAAUGACCAUGGCUGCUCCCUUUAUCUUUACAUCUGGAGAAGUUGUCAACCUGGCCAGCCUUGUGUCUUCAGCCAGCACCAAAACCACUACAGGUGAUUCCAAUACUUCAACAGUCCAGUUCUCCAAUUCUACCACCUCAGUGCUGGCCACCCUGGCUGCUCUGGCUGAGGCAUCGGCUCCUCUUUCCAACUCCCACAGAGCCACAGCCAAUUCAGAAGAAAUCAUGGAGGCAAGUUCUGUUGACUCAGCAAUCCAACAAGUGGUGGGGAGUGGAGGCCAAAGGGUCAUCACCAUAGUGACAGAUGGAGUUCCUCUGGGUAACCUCCAGACUGCAAUUCCCACUGGUGGUAUUGGCCAUCCUUUCAUUGUGACUAUGCAAGAUGGACAACAGGUUCUAACUGUACCUGCUGGUCAGGUUGCAGAGGAGACCAUUAUUGAAGAGGAAAUAGAAGAGGAAGAAGCAGCUGGGGAGCUGCCAGUGGCCAAGAAACAAAGAAGAGAAGUGACAGACAGUGUGGAUGAAGCCAAGGAAGACCCACAGAGAGAACUGCUCCAACAGCAGCUCCAGGAGGCCAAUCGCAGAGCCCAGGAAUACCGACAUCAGCUGCUAAAGAAAGAGCAGGAAGCUGAACAAUAUCGUCUCCAGCUGGAGGCCAUGUCCCGGCAGCAGCCAGAUGGAACUGAGAUCCCUAUGGUAGAGGAGGUGGCUGAGGUGGACGCUUUGGUGGUUACGGAAGAAGAGGUGGAAGGGAGGGGGACAGAAGUUACAGGGUCAGCAGGGACUGUGGAACUGCAUGCUGAUGUUGCCAUGGAAACUGUGGCAUCUUAAUAUUCAGGCCUCUACCCCACUUCCCCCUUUAUUUUCUUCCUUUAAAAACUAAAAAACGGGAAAAAACUCCUCUAAGAAUGUUAAGAAAUACCAAGGACAUUUUAAAAAGAAAAUAACAACAGGACACAGCCCUGUGGGCUCAGGAGAUUUCUUCAUACAACUGGAAAAUUAAAACAUAAAUUACAGGGAGAUGUCUUCUGAGACCCAAAGAAUCAGGACCAAAUUUCUCAGCUCACAAAAUUUGUUUCAAGCAUAAACAUUUAGGGGACUUUGUUUGCUUUUAUAAAUAGGUCCCUAAUUUUAAAUCCCCAGAGUUCUGUAUUUGUUGUGAUAACUCCCCUACACACCCAGACUCCUUAAUCAUAUUACCAGCACGUGACCUGAAAUUUGCCUUGGACUUACAAAGCGUGCCUGCCUGCUAGAUGAGAUUUGGAGAAGAAAAGGGAAUGCUCUUGCAUUCAGAAUAUCUCCAUCUCAUCUGCCCUGAUUUGCCUGCUCUGAAAACAACUGUUUGAAGCUGUUUUAUGUCACAGCAGAGGUGCAAGUUUAAGAAAUUAAAGUUUUGACAGCCAGGGUUGCCAGGACUUAUCCAGAGUGGCCUAAGUGAAGCCUGGCAGGGCUCACCUGUGAGGUGUGUCUGCCCUCAGUGGGAACGGGCAGCAGGAGCUGGGAGGCUGUUCGGAGAGUCUGCUCAGGGCUGUGGAAUCAGGGUAUGGCCUUUAAAAGAGAAGCAUUUUUUUGUACCUCGUAUUCAGCGCAGCACAUUCUUGACCUACCUGUGCCUUUUCCUGGUGUUUCAGUUCAUCCACUCAUAGAUGCAAAAUAUCAGAGCUUCGGCUGAGAGAGUUUCUUUGUUCUGUGUUUGAGGUUAGGAUGAGUAAAUUUGCCUAAUUAUUGCUCUCCCUUCAUGUCUGCCUUCCCCCUAGCACUUAGUGAAGUAGUAUGCUGCCUUUAGUGAAUGUUAACACAUGUUGAGUGACUAAAUCAGAACUAUCAGUGUUGUAAAAUGAGGAGGAACCAAAGACUUUACCAAGGACUACUUACACAACAAAACAAAACAAAAAACACAUGCCAUUUGAAAAGUGUUUUCUGCCUUCAUUUUUCAUAUGUGCCAAUGUAGAGUUUGUUUUCCAGAAAAAGACUGUUUAUAAAGGGAGAACGGGAAUGCAAGGGUGGGUUAGGGUUAUAUUUCAGAGAGGGGCCCCCCUCCCGCUAGCUGUGUUGUCUUUCUUCUUUUGUUGCAAAGCAGGGGAAGAAACCCAGAGAGAGAUGAGCUAAGUAAACACUCGAAUGACUGUUUAGAAUAUGGUUGUCUUAAUUAGUGAUCAUGGGGAAAACAUGCAUUUUUAAUUUGGAAAAAAAACUUGACAGUUAACAUGGCUCCAUUUACCUUGAUUAACCAAGCAAUUUGAUGCAGUUUUCCAGAGUUUCAGAAUCAAUUUGGGCUUAGAAUAGAUUGAAAACAGAACUUCAAAAACAAAUUUAACAAUUGGAUUUGGCUCUAUUGCUGUAUAUUCAUUUAAUCAGUUUUGGAAGUUGGUCUCAGCUAGUGGCUCCCUCAGCCAGGCCUUCCCCAAGCCUUCAUUGUGGCCUUCAUGGAGCAGGGUGGCUCUUAGAGGCUUCCCCUGGCCUGGGAAGGAGACCUGGACUCUACAUCCUCUGGGUUCCACUUGGGGUAUUUUAUUUGUUUUCAGCUUCCCUUUGGGGAGCCAGGGAUUAGGAGUGGGUGUGUGUGUGUGUGUUCGUGUGCGCACAUGAGCUUGAAGGGGGAGAGCUGAGCAAAGCAUUUCAGGGGACUUUUGUUUUCUAUUCACUCUUCAUGUGUUGACUUGAAUGCAUUUUUUCAGACCCAUAGAACCUCUUUAGGCCAAAGAACCUUGGCUUCUAGACAUGAUGUGGGUGAUGCAGGUUUGUCCUACUUUCCCUUCUUUGUCUGGCAUUUACAUGUUUCUUUCUGUGCAUCCAGAAAUCCCUCUUCCUCCCUCCCAUUUUGAUUGGUGCAUUGAUACAAGUUACUCUUGACUUCCUUCCCCAAACCUCUUCUCUGCCCAUUUCUUGAAUGUCAGUGUUCCUGGCAGGUCAUGAAGGUAGGUUGUAGGGGUAUUUUUGGUGGUUACAAGGGCAUAUUAAAGGCUUGUUGGUGGGAAAGAGUGGACCAGCAUACCCCAUCAUCUUCAUUCCUUUGGAAUAGAGUUUAGUGCUCAGGAGAAGGGAGGUAGGAGCUUGGACUUUGGUUUUAUGACAGGGUGGUUUGAGAGGUUGGUUGAUGUUAAAUGAUAGUAAUUCCCAUAGGUCUGUGUUCUUGGGAUUUGCUGGGGUAGGUAAUUGCCCUAGUCCUAGGGAACUACACAGCAGCUCUUCCUUCCUUACUUGAUCUGGCUUUAGAGGGUCAGAGAGGGCUUAUUGGCAGAACAGCCACAGAGGGUUAGAUGGCAGCUCCUAUUCCCCAGGCAGAUGGUUAGAGAGUUGGUACUAAUGAGAAGGAAAUUUGUGGCCCCAGGGAUUGUCUCUCUUAAAGGCUGCUUCAGAAAUGUCAGUAUUACUGUCAGGAACCCUCAGGCUUACCUUUGCAUUUUAGUCUAAGGGUGAUCUGUCUUAUUCAUUCCUCAAAAAGGAAGAAAUAGGAAUUCCUUCCUUCUCAACUUUAGGGAAAGUGAGGUAUGAAUUUGUAGCCCCUUCCUCUCACUGCGCCUGUGGGGACUUCUCCGUUACAAGAACUAGUUUCAAGAUACAUAUAUACAUAGUACGUACGUAUGUACACGUGCACCCAUCUGUGUUUGUUUUUAUGUCUCACUUCCUCCACCCCACCCCCCCACCAUUUAAAUAAUACCUCCUCUCAAUUCAGUAAUGCCAGGAAUCUCUGUGACAUAUGAAAUUACUUGUUUUCUUUAUUUUGCUUUAAAAGAACAGAAUUCUUCAUAGGGCUGUCCCAUUAGAGAGUAGAAUUGUGUGACUUAGAUGUUUUAUUGGUGCCGUGUGUGUGCGCGUGUGUGUGUGUGUGUGUGUGUGUGUGUGUGUGUGUGUGUGUGCAGGCAUGCAUGUAUAGAUAAACACAGACACAUACUUUUUCCAUGUUUUCUUCUCCUCAGGGUUCAACUCCGAGGAAAAACUAUGUAGAAUGAAAGUUAAGGGAUCUGUAAGAAGUAUUUUUUUCUCCUUAGAUUAUUGCAAAGGUAGGAGGGAGAGAAUGGAGACUAUUCCUUUCUUGGUUUGGGUUCCUUUGUGAAGGCUGCUCUUUGGGCAGCCGUGAAGAAGGCUGUGAAGCGAGUAUCCAUGAUCAGCUGGUACUGGGCUUCUGAAGGCUUUGCUUGGCAUGUGGUGUGACUGGUGCUGUGGGUGCUGGAUGUUUUACAAUGGCAUCAAACGUUGCAGAUGGAGCUCCGUAAUUCAGUAGGAUGGACUAAGUGUCUCUUCUCACUAUGACUGUUAUCCGAAGUGGAGCCAGAAAAGAGGGAGCUGACUUUCUGGGCCUCUCCCUCCUCAUGUUGGGAGUUCCCACCCCCACUCCCCCAGUGACUUUUGUCUUUAGGUCAGAUGAUGCUGGGCCAGAGUUAGACAUUUUUUUGUGAUUUCUUUGGACUUAUGCCUUACGCUUUAUUUCUAGCGAUGCACACCCAACCUUGAAAGGCUGGAAGCAGAAAUUAGGGUGAGGUGAAUGUGGACGUUUAAUGCCCUCUAUGCUGCUUUCUGUCACACAUGAUGGCUAAAUGCCCCCAAUUCCUGUUCAUUUGAUGAACUCUGAAUGCACACCUUACAUUCUGCCCAGGGACCACCAGCAAGAGAGGCCAUGAGUAGCUGUGAAUCCCAGGUGCUGUCUUUUCUGAGCCUCACAGGGCUGAAAGGGAUGGAGGUGCUGGUGGCAUUUUCUAGACUGUGUAAUAGCAGUCAUGUUAUUGUCAGGAAAUUGUGACCCCAAAUCUCCACCUCACAUCCCCUGCCUCUCUGACCCCAUUGCACUUACCACAAUGAGGUUUUUCCACACAGGGGGAACGUAAUUACUUGGUCAUUUCCAUUCUCUGUGUGGGAGUUCCUGUGUCUCUCUGUCCUUCCCCCUUCAGGCCCCUGUCCCCAUCCCUUCCACCCUGGCCGUGUUCUGGAGGGUGUUUCUGAGAAUUAAUGUAGGUUGUGACCCACAGCCAUGCUGCCCUCUCUGCUUCAGGGAUCUUGCUUUGUUACGAACAAUGACAGAAUCUCCCUCCCUCAGCUUUUCCUUUUUUACCAGCCUUCUAUUCCCCAUUCCCCAGUGUGCCUCUCCCCCUCAGACCGCUCAGCACAAACCAUUUCUCCAAGUGCCCUCAAUUUUUCAAGUUGUCUGACAGUUUUAUAUACAAGACACUUUUAAGGAAACCUAAAUAUUUUCCUUUUUUCUAUUUAGGAUGUCAUUGAAAUAGUGUUUGAUUCUGAUGAGUGCGUAUGUAUGCAUAUA